GGGAGGAGGAGGGGCAGCGAUGCUGAAGAUGAUGGCGGCGGCCGAGGGCGGCAAUGGCUCAGGAGGCGGGCGGCUGGAAGUCUCCAUCGACGGCUUGACACUGAGCCCGGACCCAGAGGAAGAUGAAGGGCUGAAGAGCAGACAGCAGCAGGUCUCGGCUGGCAAAGCUGGCCCGGGAACCGAGUCAGGAUCGGGCCCAGGCUCCGGGGAUGGACAGGCCGCUGACCGGGAGACCCAGGCUCGGGUGGAGGAGAUGGAGCAGCGAUGGGGCUUCGCUCUGAACGAGCUCUACAGUCUGGCUCUCAGGUUCUUUAAAGAAAAAGAUGGAAAAGCAUUUCACCCAACAUAUGAAGAAAAACUGAAGCUUGUCGCUCUGCACAAACAGAUUUCUGUCGGCCCCUAUAGUCCUGACUCUUGUCCAGAGGUUGGCUUCUUUGAUGUACUUGGCAAUGACAGGAGGAGAGAAUGGACUGCCCUUGGAAGCAUGAAAAAAGAAAAUGCCAUGGUGGAAUUUAUUCAUUUGGUGAACAAAUGCUGCAGUCUGUUUGAACCAUAUGUCACCUCUCAUAAGAUAGAGAAGGAAGAGCAGGAGAGGAAGAGGAGAGAAGAGGAGGAACGGCGCCAUAGGGAGGCAGAGGAACGAGAGCGUUUGCGGCAGGAGGAAGAGCGAAGGAAAAGGGAAGAGGAAGAGAAAAGGAGGCGAGAGGAAGAGGAACGGAGAAAUCUAGAGGAAGAGCGGUUUCGAAUGGAGCAACAAAAGCAACAGAUAAUGGCUGCAUUAAACGCACAGACUGCAGUGCAGUUCCAGCAAUAUGCAGCCCAGCAGUAUCCCGGCAACUUCGAGCAACAACAACUCCUGAUUCGCCAGCUUCAAGAGCAGCACUACCAACAAUACAUGCAACAGCUCUACCAGGUGCAGAUAGCACAGCAGCAGGCAACACUACAGAAACAGCAGGAGCCAAUAGUACCAACAAUGCACAUUGGGAUUGGAGAAGUCCCAACAGUGAACGGACAAACAACCACAUGUACAGACAGCUCCGAAAAAGAGCCUGAGCCAGAAUCCUCAGAAGAAGUAUUGGAAAAUGGACCAAAAGAUGCAACUCCAGUCAUAGCAGCACCAUCCAUGUGGACCCGACCACAAAUCAAAGACUUCAAAGAGAAGAUCCGACAGGAUGCAGACUCUGUCAUCACAGUGGGCCGGGGAGAGGUGGUGACAGUGCGCGUCCCCACACACGAAGAGGGUUCUUACCUCUUUUGGGAAUUUGCCACAGACAAUUAUGACAUAGGUUUUGGCGUGUGCUUUGAAUGGACGGAUUCUCCAAACACCACUGUGAGUGUGCACGUCACCGAAUCCAGUGAAGACGAAGAGGAUGAUGAAGGGAGCCCCAGUGAAACAGAAAAGGCCAAGAAGGGGGCCAUCAAAGUUCAGGUAGAUGAGGUGGUGCCUGUCUACCGACGAGAUUGCCACGAAGAAGUCUAUGCUGGAUCCCAUCAGUACCCGGGCCGAGGUGUCUAUCUUCUGAAAUUUGACAACUCCUACUCACUGUGGAGGUCAAAAACGGUUUACUACAGAGUAUAUUAUACCAGAUAAAACCAAGCUUCACCAUGCUUGGCAUCUGCUUUUGUUCUUGCUUUCUUUUGUAAACUUUAAUUUGCACAUUGUGCAUUGAAAUAAUUAUCUAAAUCAUUCUAUAUAAUAAUAAAUUGGGUGAAGGAUCUGCUAUUGCAGUAAUGAGAAUCACUGCCAGGAAUUGGUUUCAAUAGAUAUAUUUAGUGUCAUUAUUACACCAGGUUAAUGUUUUUUGGUUAAUUAAAAUGAUAAAUUGGUUUGUUAUUGUCACAUGUACUGAGGACAGUGAGAAAUUUGUCUUGAAUACUGUUCACCCAUAAAUUUAUUGUAACAGUGCAUCAAGGUAGUACAAGGUAAAACAAAAACCAAAUGCAGAAUAAAGUGUUACAGUUACAGAGAAAGUGCAGUUCAAGGCCAUAGCAAGGUAAAUUGUGAGGUCAAGUGCAUCCUAUCGUAUCAGGGAAUUAUUCAGAAGUCUCUUAAUAGCAGAGUAGAAGUUACUUCUGAGCUUGGUGAUACAUGAUUCAGGCUUUUGUACCUUCCUGAAUUGGAGAGGAGAAGAGAAGGGAGAGUGUUCAGAGUGGAUGGGGUCUUUGAUUAUGCUGGCUGCUUUACUGAAGUGAUGAGAAGGAAUGUCUGUGUUUUAUUACGAGGUGCGGUGUGGGUUUUGCACCCCCCCCCCGCCCCGUAGGCUGUAGAGCCUGGGAUCGCCUCUUAAAACCUGGAUGUAGUGUGUGGGGCUGGGGAGGAGUUUAAGAAAGAAAUACUCGGGGAUCUGUGUGUUGCUGAGAUACCUGAAUGAGGAACCUUGUACAUGCUGUACAUUGCCCCCUCCAGCUUUUCCUGUUUUAAAUUUUUUGUCAAGCUCUCGUAUUUAAAAUUUCCAUCUGGUUUUGCUGUUUAAAAGGAGCUACUUUCUGGUAGGUCUGUGUCAGAUAUUUUUCUGGCAAUUGUUAAGCCACCUGUCCCACAGACUAGACGUCUAAGAUUUGGGUGAGUGGGGAGGGAAAUUAGAAGAAUGAAGGUGAGUGAUUGUUCAUUAGGAGCAUCCUGCAGUUGGGAACAAAAUUCAGUAGAUGGUCUGUUGGAGUAGCUUGAUCCAGUUAUUCAAUGCUCAGAGCCUCUCCAUCUAAAUUCAAAUUUACUUUGAAAAAACACUUGAUGGAAUCCCAUUGGUCAGCAAUUGUGCUGUUUAUUUUCUAUCUGUUCAACCUUUUCAGUCAGAAUAGCACAUACCUAUUGCCCUGGUAGGUUUCUGGUACCUGUGUAUUCUGGCAGCAAGUAUCUCCUUUACACAGCGCCGUUUCCUUCAGUGGCAACACUGAUGUCUUUGAAUCAAAAUUUAAGCUUGAAGAAAGCCUCAAAGCUUGUGUGGCUUUUGCCUGAGUUCUUCAACUUGUUUCUCAUUCUAGAGAACAGCCAAUGCCAUUGACAGCAAGCCACUGGAAGUAGGGGCAAGCAUUGGCAGGUGGAACACUUGCAGACUGUCACCUGUUUUGCUGUUUUUCACCUUGUUGCAGACAACACCCCUAUCCAAAUUAUUCCCCAUGGGACAGAUUGAUGUUCAACUGUACAAAUCAAAUUAACCCUGAGAUGGAUACGCUAGAAGUAUAGAUGGUGCGUCUCCACUCUCUGGGGUACUUGCUCUCAGCAACUGUGAGGCUGUCUUUUCUUAUGAGUAUCUCUGACAGAGGUAAAACCGACAGAAUUUGUGUUCCUGAUUGCUUUCGUGUGAUCCCAACUGCAGAAUAAUGUGGGUGUAAUUACAAUUGGACUGGUCUAUGAUCACCCUCCUAGUGCGGCAUGUACUGCCACAUUGUAUGAACUGACUAGAAAGGCAAAAAUAUAUUGUAUGGCAUGAACAUCUAGAGAUAAAGAUGUGUUUUAGGUCAAUUUGGACACCUUAACCUGGUAACCAAGUUUAGCUCAGAAAUGGGGCUGGCUAGAGAUUUCAGAAAAAUUAAUGUUGGCCUUGACCUAAACCCAUCAUGAUAGAGUAAAUCCCAAUCAAAUUUCCUUGGCAUUAUAUUCACUGUAGACAGUAAAUGGCUUCUCCAGCUUGGGAUGCCUUUUGAAAUUUUAGAAAUUCAUGCUUUAAACUUCCCUCAACAUUUUUUGCCUAUCAAUAAGGCAGUGAAGAUAGCAAGCCAGAGACAAACAGAAUGAUUGUGGGUGGUGCGGAAAAUGGAUCUCAUUUAGAAAAGACCAGGAAAGUGGUUGGUUCUGUAUGUUCCUCCAAUGACCUUGAUGUCACCUUGGGAUAUGGUGUCCUGAAAUAUUAUGCUUCUGAUGCAACGGAAGAAGUUCAUGUCCUGAUAAAUGUGUCAUUCUGGAGUCAAAGGUUGUUUCAUUUAAGAUGCCUUUCGGGUGGAUUGCCAUUUUGACAGUGGACAUUUCCAUUUGAAUAGGCACAGUGGAGAGUCAAGGCCUGACCUUUUCAUCCCCACUCUCAAUCCUUUCUGUGAGCAACACAUGGAUAUUCCCCAUUGUACUUUUGUAAUCUUGCCAGCAAGUCCUAGUAACAAGAAUGUUACAGUGGGUCAACAAUUAUCACCAUGGAUGGGGCCAGCUAUAAUGUGAACAGUACAUCACUUAGUUAAAGACUGGGUGGGACUCCACUUCAUUUUAGGCUAAAGUGUACUAAAUUGCCUCUUAGAUGAGGCAGUGCAUACUGGGAGCCACCCAUCCAAUUACAGGCUCACCCCAAAUUAGUAUCUGCAUAAAUAUCAUGGGAAUUGAAGUACUGAGCAGCUUGGUCCCCCUACCUCAAUGAACUGGGCUCCCCUUAGGCAGUAACCAAGUAGGCAUGAAGACAGCUCCGUUUCCCGAGACAGGAAAGCCACAAUUUACUAUACUUAAUCUCAGAGGUUAACACUCAAAACCUUUCUUCUCCCCUUUUUAUUUUUAAAGCAAUAUAUUUUUGUGACUGUACAGGUUGAAUGGUGAUUUCUAAUUAUGUAUAUUUAAAGUGUAUGUUUAUAAUGUAGAGGGAUCUUUCAUGGGCUUGUUGGUCUGGAAUCAAGAUGUUCAGCUGCUAUCCUGGCCUGUCCCUUUUGUUUUGGUCUCUCCCUGUGAGCAGCGAAGAAGGAACAAAACUGCAAAAUUUGUAAUAUUAGUGAAUUGCUCUGGACUUUGGGUCAGCAAUGCCCAGCCCAAUGCUUUUCUUUAAACAUAUUAAAAAAAAUAAGUUUUGCAUCAAUAACAGGAGUGUGACAGACUUGCAUUAAGUACAGAUUUAUUUUUCCGUUAUAAUUUAAUGCUUUUUCUCUUACUGAUAUGCCUUGUUUUUGCAGCUGUUUUGUCACCAAAGAGCCUUCAUUCACGUCAUUAACUUGAGAUUUCCUUCACAAGUGAUGCUUUCAUUUCCAGUGGUGUGGUCACCUGAUAUGCCCAAACAACAUGGCUGUGAUCUGUACAGUUCUAAGAGUGGAGUUUAUUCUACAGGUGGUGAUUCUGUGUGGUUCUUUUUUGUUUUCUCUCUUAUUCUCUUUUAUAAAUAAUUUUUAACCCUUGUUUUGUACAUAAUGAUUUUCUCUGUCCCCUUUCCUUUUUGUGUGUACUUACAGCUAUUUUCUUAAUUAGACAGCUCUGGCUGUUUUAUAUGGUUUUCAUUAUUCCAGUUUUCAGAGAAAUAGAAAUAUAAUGGGGCUCCUACUUUACAGAGAUUGUUACUGGAAAUGUGGUCUGAUUUUCCCAGGAUAUUAAACGUGGGAAGGUUUUAUUGCUGUGAGUUUUUAAAACAAAAUGACCAGUGCAAUUUCAAAAACUGUUUCUUUCCAAUAAUAUAUUUAAU